GCCGCCGUUUCCGGCGGAGCCGGGUGGAAGCGGCACCGGGGCGGCGGGGCUCGGCCGCAAAAUGGCGGCGCGCUGGGUCGCGCGCUGCCUGCGGGUCGGGCGGGAGGGACGCCGGUUGAUCUCCACACCAGCAGCUUCUCGACUGACAUCGGAGGAAAUCAUUCAGAUGCGCAAUGAGCUCUUUACCAAAGAGAAGGAGAGACAGCUAUCUCUUUAUCCACGAAUUGAGAAAAUAGAAGUAAAGUACACUGGAAAAUCUCACCCUGGUAGUUUGCUUAUAAUGAACAAAGCCUUGUCUACUCCAUACAACUGUGCCAUGCACUUAAGUGAAUGGCACUGCAAGAAAUCUGUGCUAGCUCUUGUGGAUGGUGAAGUCUGGGAUAUUUAUAGACCCUUGACCAAAUCAUGUGAAAUUCAGUUCCUUACGUUCAAAGAUGAAGAUCCAGAGGAAGUAAACAAGGCCUACUGGCGUUCCUGUGCCAUGAUCAUGGCGUGUGUGUUAAAGCGGGCAUUCAAGGAUGAGUACUCUGUGAAUCUGGUUAAAGCUCCAGAAGUGCCAGUGAUCUCUGGAGCUUUCUGUUAUGAUGUAAUUUUGGAUAACAGACUGAAUGACUGGCAACCAACAAAAGACAACUUCAAUUCUCUUACAAAGGAUGCUAGUAAGCUAAUUUAUAAAGACCUGCCGUUCGAAACACUGCAAGUUGAAGCAAAAGUAGCACGUGAAAUGUUUCAGCAUAACAAAUACAAAAUCGAGACGAUAGAACAGAAAGCUUCUCGGAACAUGGAAGGAAUUGUAACAUUACAUAGGUUUGGUGACUUUGUGGAUGUUAGUGAAGGCCCUCACAUUCCAAGGACAAGUUUCUGUUUCCAGUAUGAGAUAACGGCAGCCCACAAUCUUCAGACUAACCAACCUGAAUUGAUAAGGAGGUUCCAGGGUGUGUCUCUACCAGUCCAUUUGAGGGCUCACCACAUUGUGUGGCACAAACUGCUGGAAAGGUCGAAGUGGCUGGUCACUGAAGAGAAAAUUGUGGAAGCAGCAGCAGAAAGUCUUGAGGAAAAAGGUGGAACUGAAGAAGAAAAAACUUUAUCAAUCUAAAUUAACCUCUAAAUGUACAUAAUAAAAUGUUUGGUUUUUUACA